CUUUAAUAAAAUAAAAAUCUCUGUGGGAAAAAAAUUUCUUGAAACUUCUUCAAUGGCGGAAGAAGAGAAGCGAACUUCACCGGAACCUCCUCUUCCUUCUCCGCCGGAAUCUUCAUCCCAACCCGAACAUCCCCCACCGGAAACGUCUACUCCUCCGGCUACAUUCGAUCCUAGUCGAAUGAUUGGGAUCAUCAAAAGGAAAGCUUUGAUUAAGGAUUUAGCUGCUGCUUACCACGUUGAGUGUCUUGCUCUUUGCCGAGAGCUUCUGGAGCUCCAAAAGAGAAAGGACGAGCCGUUCCUGGACACAAAAGCUACGGAAGAUCUGAGAAAAGAGACGUUGAGGUCUUCUUCCAAACGAGCUAAGAAGAAACGUUAAAAGGAAAAGACUUGGGCGUGAUGCUUAAUCUACGUAGGUAUGAUGUUCAUAAAUGAGUUCUUAUGCUUCAGGUGAAGUAAAAAAAAAACUGUUGAAUGAUUGAGAAAUUUUAUUUGAUAAUCUAAAAUUAUAUACAAUAUUUACACAAUUACUAAGAA